AUGAGAGUCCAAGGAUGGGAUCCCAUGAUGAUAAUAUGUCAAAUAAUAGCACUUCAAACUAUACAUUAUCUGACGCUCUCCAUUCUCACACCACCAUUCCUAACUUCAUUCACUUCGCCAACGUUACUCUCGUAUGCCGGUGGACCGAGCACUGUCUCCCAUAUAUUAGAUUGGAGGGAAAUGGCCGCCCGACCUACAUUAUCUAAGACUUCUUUUCCCGGUGUUGAAGGAUGGAAGAAACUUAGAGGAGCUUGGGCAGGAGGGAAGGAGAUUGGCUCUGUACCUACGCCAUUAGGUGAAGAAGGGGACUUGGAAGAUCAUCCUGCUGGCGGGCUAGGGGAAGGAGGAAAGGUGGUGGAUGAAUAUUGGGAAUAUGGUGUAGAUAAUAAAAGAGGUUGGAUAGUAGGCGGUGUUUGGCUUGUGGCUUUUGCCAUUGAUAUCGCUCCGUUAUAUUACCUGAUACGCCGUCCGACGUAUAUCCUAGAUUUCGCAUUAACGUUGAUAUUCAACCAUUUCAUCUUGACGACGUAUUAUGCUGCUUCGUUUCCAACUUCCUUCUUCUUUUGGUUCAUACAAAUCACAGGUGCCGUCGGGAUGAUAGUGAUAGCCGAGCACCUUUGCGUGAAAAGGGAGAUGAAGUCGGAACUGGAAAUAGAUUGGCACCCAGAUCCUGAAGCAGCUCCGUCACAAGCUCUUUUGGGCAAUCGCUUCUCAUCAUCGGAGGCAGGGUCAAAUGGCAGGAGUACAGAAUAUAUAGAACUUCAAGCCAGUUCAGAUAACUCCUGA